GGACGACAGUUUCGGGGUAUAGGUGCUGGGGUAUAGCCUUCGGCAGAAGACUUCUCUGCGGGAAAGAAGGACAUGGAGCCUGGGUGUGUCUCCUCCUGUACCCUGGUGGUGUUGUCCAUCCUGGGGUUCACUUCCAGGACAUGGGGCCUCAACCCAGAUGAUCCCAACGUGUGCAGCCACUGGGAGAGCUACGCUGUGACUGUCCAGGAAUCCUAUGCGCACCCUUUCGAUCAGAUCUACUACACCAGGUGCACCGACAUCCUCAACUGGUUCAAAUGCACCAGGCACAGGAUCAGCUAUAAGACGGCGUACAGGCGAGGAGUGAGGACCAUGUACAGACGACGCUCGCAGUGUUGCCCUGGUUACUUUGAGAGCGGAGACCUCUGUGUCCCUCUUUGCACAGAGGAGUGUGCUCAUGGCCGCUGUGUGUCACCUGAUACCUGCCAGUGUGAGCCGGGCUGGGGAGGCCUGGACUGCUCCAGUGGCUGCGAGAGUGACUACUGGGGGCCUCACUGCAGCAACCGCUGCCAGUGCCAGAACGGGGCACUGUGCAACCCCAUCACGGGCGCCUGCGUUUGCACCGACGGAUACCAGGGCUGGCGCUGCGAGGAGCCCUGCGAGCCCGGCUACUACGGCAAGGGCUGCCAGCUGCCCUGCCAGUGCCACAACGGCGCCACCUGCCACCACGAGACCGGGGAGUGCCUGUGCGCACCUGGCUACACCGGAGCCUUCUGCGGAGAUCGUUGCCCCUCGGGGAGUCACGGAGUUCAGUGUGAGCUGCGAUGUCCCUGUCAGAACGGAGGGGUCUGUCACCACGUCACCGGAGAGUGCUCCUGUCCCCCUGGCUGGAUGGGCUCCGUUUGUGCCCAGCCCUGCCAAUUUGGCAGGUUUGGCAUCAAUUGCAGCCAGGAGUGCCCGUGCCGCAACGGCGGGUUGUGUGACCACAUCACGGGGCAGUGCCAGUGUACGGCAGGCUACGUUGGAGACAGGUGCCAAGAGGAAUGCCCCGUUGGCACCUACGGCCCACAGUGUGCCCAUAAGUGCGACUGUCAGAACGGCGCCAAGUGCUACCACAUCAACGGGGCGUGCCUGUGUGAUGCAGGCUUCAAGGGGGAGAACUGCCAGGAGAGGUUUUGCCCUGUGGGGCUCUACGGGCUCAUCUGUGACAAGUACUGCCCCUGCAACACCACCAACACGCUCAGUUGCCACCCCUUGUCCGGGGAGUGCACGUGCGCCGCUGGCUGGGCGGGGCUGUACUGUAACGAGACCUGCCCACCUGGUUACCAUGGCGAGGGGUGCAGGCAGCCGUGCAGCUGUGCCAACGGGGCGGACUGCGACGGCAUCACUGGGGCCUGCAUCUGCGCCCCUGGGUUCACGGGAGAUGACUGCUCUCUAAAUUGCCCUCCCGGACUUUAUGGAUCAAACUGCUCCUCUUCUUGCUCCUGUCAAAACAAGGCUACUUGCUCUCCCAUUGAUGGCUCCUGUUUCUGUAAAGAAGGUUGGCAGGGUGUGGACUGCUCAAUCCCAUGCUCCAGUGGCACCUGGGGUCUGGGGUGUAACCAGUCCUGUGUGUGUGCCAACGGGGCAGCCUGCAACCCCGUGGAUGGGUCCUGCACCUGCUCCCCAGGCUGGAGGGGUGAACACUGCGACCAGCCCUGCCCUGAUGGCACGUAUGGGCUGGAGUGUCGGGAGAGGUGUGACUGUAGCCAUGCCGACGGCUGUGACCCAGUGAGCGGGUAUUGCCGCUGCCUCGCCGGCUGGACAGGAGUCCACUGUGACAACGUGUGUGUCCAGGGCCGCUGGGGACCCAACUGCUCCAUCACCUGCUCCUGCGAAAACGGGGGUUCCUGUUCCCCCGAGGACGGCACCUGCGUGUGCGCCCCAGGGUACCGCGGAACAUCCUGCAAGCGAAACUGCUCUCCUGGAUUCUAUGGUCAGCGCUGCAGUCAGGCCUGCCCGCAGUGCGUCCACAGCGCCGGACCCUGUCACCACAUCACUGGCCACUGCGAGUGUCUGCCCGGCUUCUUCGGCUCUCUGUGCAACCAAGUGUGCUCCACCGGCAGGUAUGGGAAGGGCUGCUCGGAGGUGUGCGUCUGCACCAACAACGGCACCUGCAACCCCAUCGACGGCUCCUGCCAGUGCUUCCCGGGCUGGAUCGGGGACGACUGCUCCCGGGCCUGUCCCCCCGGGCACUGGGGUCCUGACUGCAUCCACAACUGUAACUGUCACAACGGAGCCCAGUGCAGCGCCUACGAUGGGGAAUGCAAGUGUACCCCGGGGUGGACCGGGCUCUACUGUACUCAGCGCUGCCCCUCGGGGUUCUUCGGGAGAGACUGUGCAGAGGUGUGCCGCUGCCAAAACGGGGCGGACUGCGACCACAUGACCGGGCAGUGCACCUGCCGCACCGGCUUCAUGGGGACCAGCUGCGAGCAGAAAUGCCCUCCCGGGACAUUUGGCUACGGGUGCCAGCAGCUGUGUGAGUGCAUGAACAACGCCACCUGUGACUAUGUGACAGGAACCUGCUACUGCAGCCCUGGGUAUAAGGGAAUCCGUUGUGACCAGGCGGCCCAGAUGAUGGAGGAGUUGAACCCGUACACCAAGAUCAGCCCGGCGCUGGCGUCAGAGCGGCAGUCUGUGGGCGCGGUGAUGGGCAUCAUCUUCCUGCUGCUGAUAAUCAUGUCCAUGCUGAGCCUGUUCGUGUGGUACCGCCUGAGACAGAGGGAAAAGGGCCAUGACAUGCCCAGUGUCUCCUACACCCCUGCCCUGCACAUCAACAGCACUGACUACUCCCUCUCUGAUUACAUGAAGGGCUCCAUGUGCAGCUCCAGCACCUGCUCCCUGAACAGCGAGAACCCUUACGCCACCAUCAAGGACCCGCCUGGCCCGGCCUGCAAGCACAACGAGAGCAGCUACGUGGAGAUGAAGAGCCCCGCCCACAGGGAGCUGUCCUUCUGCGCCUCUGCCACGCCCACCCCCACCGCCACUAAGAACGUGUAUGACGUGGAGCCCACAGUGAGUGUCCUGCAGGGAGCCAGCGCAAUGGGGCCCAGUUACUCCCAGAACCCCUACGACCUCCCCCGCAACAGCCACAUCCCCAGCCACUACGACCUGCUGCCCAUGCGCCACAGCCCCACGCACUCCCCGCCCCCCCCAGACAGCCCCCCCAGCUCCCUGCUGUAG